CUCUCAAGUCCUCGAGGCAUCUCCCUGAGCAACAAAGAGGAACAUCUCUCGCGAUCCCCCUCCCCCCCGACCUUGGGGGAAGGGAGAGUCACGGAUGAUGCUGACUAUUGGCGGUUAAGGCUCCUUCCGAGCCAGCCUCCGCCCGCAGGAGGAGGAGGUGCUUUGUCAAUCGAGGCCGCUUGUUAGGCCUCGGAGGCCCAACGACGACCUGUGACGGGGAGCACGCGUCCGCUUGACCGCGCUGAGGGAAGAUUUCGGUGAGGUGGGAGAAAGAGGAGGACACGUCUUCGCUUAAAAGGAAAACUAGAAAUAUGGCAACGAACGGAUCGACAAACUGCCUGGGCACUUCACAAGAUGAUCCAGAUCAGGACUGUCAAGUGAAACCCAAGCCACUCUUACUUAAGUUGCUGCACUUUGCUGGAGCACGAAGUGAAACCUUCACAAUAAAGGAGGUAAUGCACUACUUGGGACAGUACAUAAUGGCUAAGCAGUUGUAUGAUGAAAGACAGCAACAUAUAGUACAUUGUUCUGAUGAUCUGUUGAGUCACUUGUUUGGAGUGCAGAGCUUUUCAAUUAAAGAACCACGAACAUUAUAUGCCAUGCUGUCAAAAAAUUUGAUAUCAGUGGGCCAUGAAGAUUCUAUAGAUGAUCUCAAUCUUGGAAAGAUUACCAACCAGCUUGGGGGUGAAGAUUGCCUCAUGACAGUCAUUCCAAAUGAUGGGAAUGCUUGCACGUCAUGCAAUGUUUCCUGUUCUCCUGCAACAGGCAGAAGAUCUAAUUGCAGUGACUCUGAUAACGAUGCCUCACCUGAUGAGCAGUUUCAUACUAGACGGCGAAAGCGUCAUCGAUCUGAUAGCAUUUCUCUCCAUUGGGAUGAUCUGUCUUUGUGUCUGAUAAGCAAGUUGCGUCGAGAACAUGGAAACAGUGAAUCAUCAGAUUCUCCCAGUCAUCUGGAUAUUCAUAUUGGUACAGAAGGUGAAGACUCCAGUGAUAAGUUUAGUGUUGAGUUUGAAGUUGAAUCAGUUCACUCUGAAGAUUAUAGUGAUUUCAGUGAGGACUCACAAGACCAAAGUGACAAAGAGAUUUAUGAAGUUGCCAUUUUUGAAGCUGCUGACAGUGAUGAAAGCACCUUUGUUGAAGAAAUUGAUCCGGAAAUAUCUGAAGCUGAUUAUUGGAAAUGUUCCAAAUGUGAAGAGCUGAAUCCUCCAUUGCCACGACAUUGUCAUCGAUGUUGGUCUGUCCGUCAAGAUUGGCUUCCUGAUAAAUCUAAACUUCAGUUUGACAAGAUGCAGGAUGAAGGUAUUGACGUUCCUGAUUGCAAGAAGCCACCACUUGAGUCAAAGAAAUCAAACUGUUCGGAUUUAAUCAGUGAGGCAUCUCAAUGCUCAGAGUCACAAGAAACUGAGUGCUCGGAACCUUCUACUUCUGGUAGCUUCAACUGCUGCAGCCAGGAAUUUGAAAAAGAAAGUACAGGCAAGGGAGAGAAAGGCGAGUUGAGCACUUUGGGACCUUUGGAAGCUUGUGUUAUAUGUCAGGCACGACCAAAGAAUGGUUGUAUUGUUCAUGGUAGGACAGGCCAUCUUCUCGCUUGUUACACUUGUGCAAAGAAACUGAAAAAGAGAAACAAACCAUGUCCAUUGUGCAGAGAGCCAAUCCAAUUGGUUGUAUUGACCUACUUUAGUUAAAUGUAAUUAUUUAUUACUGUUUGAAGAUGGACUUUAUUUCCAAAAAAAAAGCAAAUUUUUGAUGGCUACUAACUAUAUAUUGGCCUAGAUUUUAUGGUAACUUCUGCAAGUGUUUGACUACCUCUUCACUCCUCCAUCCUAAUAAUGGCAGAUCCUUGUGAGGUAAUAAGAACUUCAUAAAGAAUAUGACUUGCUAUUUAGUAGGGUUACAAGUAUUACUAUGUUCCCAAUUUAAUUCUGUAAAUACCUAUUCAACUGAUUUGAUUUGAUUUGUUAUGAUGAAUGGUUCUUUAUACAAAAAUAUCUAUUAUUGUUUGCACAAUUUGAUUAAGAAUAAUUUAUACAGUACAAUCCCCAUAUCCCUUGCUGGAUCUUCAAAUUAGCUUGUCCAGAUGCACAGAUUUGUAUAAUUUGUUGUAUGCACCAGGGCAAUUCACAGCAAAAAGAGGUAUAUUUGAAGUUUAGUUUUCUGUUAUAUGUGAAACUAAUUUAUUUGUUGAUGU